AAGGUUGUGACGUCAUGAAAUAUCAACAACAUAUCGUCACGCCAUUUAGCGGAUUUUCACUGUCGAAUGUUAAGCGUUCAUUUAUAAAACAGAGCAGUGGAGUGGAUUUGCAUUUGUAAUUCUAUCAAAUAAUUAUUAAAGAGAUAAUCAAGGUCAGUCAAAGAGGAAAAUGGCUGGACGUUUUGGGCUGGCACGACUCGGUGCUUUUCGAAGGACCAUGAUAAAGCAAUCGGGGAAUGAUGGUCAUCUCAAAGGCGCACCAUACGAACAACCCGAAAACUGGAAAGCAACGACACCCGGAUUGGAUAUCAAAUCAAUUUUGCACCAUUCAUACCUUGUUCCUCUUCAUUUCUUCACUGGACUAGGAGCUAUCUGCGCUGGUGCCUAUAUAAUAUACAUGGGCUUAUAUGAGGACACACAACUUUUCAAGUAUUUCAAUCCACCUGAUGUAAAGCCAGAUGAAAAACUUUCAUUGUACGAAUGGAAGGGUCCAGAGAAGGAGAUAGAGCUGUUGGGUGACCGCCCUGAGCUACCUGUGCACCUUCCUAGCCACCGCACCUAUGAUGUGAUCAACAAGCACCAGGUUGGAGCCACCAGCCAGUAGGCAUCCAAUUACAAAGUGUAUGUCGUUAACAACUGUCUGAAUUACUGGAUUUAAAAUCAUCACAGUGUUAUCCUUCUAUCCUGAAAUGCUGUUUUUAAGUGGAUUUGUUUCACUUACUAUAAUAUUAAGUGUGGUUAUGAAUUUUGGGAGCUUUCUUGAUUCCACUUUAUUGAGACAAUAGUUUUAAUAACAAGUUUAGAUUUGAGUGUUUGAUGCUGAAUUUACUUGUGUAUUUUGUGAUUUGGUGAAUAAAACAUUGAAAGUGAUAA